CAUUUAAUCUGGUGCUUAUCAGGUCAGCGUCGUCUCUCAUUCAUUUCUAUAUAUGACCCUUGUCUCUCCCUCUUUUUCCCCAUUAGUAAAGGCAGCCAUUGAAAUCAAGAAAGUGAGAAGACCACAUUUCUAGUACUCCCCUGGCCUCCAUAGAAGCUUAUUAAGAAUGGGCAGGCCUCCUUGCUGUGAUAAGCAGGGUGUUAAGAAAGGCCCAUGGACUCCUGAGGAAGAUAUCAUGCUCGUCUCCUUCGUUCAAGAACACGGCCCCGCUAACUGGAGAACUGUGCCCGCUAAUACUGGUUUGCGAAGAUGCAGUAAGAGUUGCAGGCUUCGGUGGACUAACUAUCUCAGGCCAGGCAUCAAGAGGGGCAGCUUCACUCAUCAAGAAGAGAAGAUGAUCAUUCAGCUUCAAGCUCUUCUAGGCAACAAAUGGGCUGCCAUAGCAUCAUAUCUUCCGGAGAGAACAGAUAAUGACAUAAAAAACUAUUGGAAUACUCACUUGAAGAAAAAACUGAGAUUGAUGGAAUCCGGCGGGGGGUUGAUGAUUGAUUCCGCUAGUAGGUUAUCAUCAUCAUCUUCUUCUUCGCAGUCCUCAUCAAGAGGCCAGUGGGAGAGGACCCUUCAAGCGGAUAUAAACACAGCCAAACAAGCCCUAACCGACGCUUUAUCUCUCGAGAAAUCCCACCGCCACCGCCCGCUACUUGAUUUCACCGCCGUCCCUCAACCGGCGCCGCCGCCGUAUGCGUCAAGCACCGACAACAUUGCCAGGCUGCUCAAAGGCUGGAUGGAAACUCCGGCGAAAUCUUACUCCUCAACACCCUGCAUCAGCACCACCAGUAACAGUAACGCCGCCGCCGCCGCCACCCCAACCACCGUCACCGACACCUCUUCAUCGUCUUAUUGCGACGAUAAUGCUCCCGGCAAAGACGACGACGGGAUUUGUUUGAGCGAAGCCUUUGAAUCCCUUUUCGGCUUCGAUUCCUCGUCCGACCAGUUCUCUCAGUCCUAUGAGAGCAAACCACAAGUCCCGUUGUCGGUUAUGCUGGAGAGUUGGCUUCUCGACGACGAUAAUGAAAAUGGUGAUUUGUUUUAGAAGAAUCUCAGCUCGUCGCCAAUUUCGAUCUUUACUUAUUGUUAUUAUUAUUUUAAAAUUUUUGGAUUAAACUAUCAUUUCCAUCCUCUUUUUUUUUGUCCUCAGGAUCAACAUGUACUAUACGAUUAAUCCUAUGUUUUAUCGAAUCUACCCGACAAUUAUCUGGAUCUUGAAUCUUGACCUUCUACCCGGAAAAAGUCAGCUUGUGUAUCCUAGAAAGCUGUGUUUUGUUUCUUUCUGGAUUUUGGAACAA